AUGGUGUCUCCUCAAAUCACCAACCUCGCCAUCAUCUUGGUGAUGAUGCAGCUGGCCAAGAAGGUUCCCUUUGAGGAUCCUCAGGUCCUGAUGCUGGUGCGCGGAUGCUACAUCCUGUCCAACAUCCUGAUCCUGGCUCUGCACUUGUGGACACAGUUGAAGAUCAACCAGAAGAAGGACAUGACCACCCUUAAAUACGUGGAGCCCGCCCCGAUGGGCAGCACCGAGGAGCCCAAGCCCGUGACCACCACCAACAUGGACUACGACAAGGGCCAGCUCCGCCAGUCGAUCCGCAGCCAGUUGAUGGGAGUCGGCAUGAUGGGUGUGAUGCACCUGUACAUGAAGUACACCAACCCUCUCCUGAUCCAGUCCAUCAUUCCCCUGAAGGGAGCCCUCGAGUCCAACCUGGUCAAGAUCCACGUCUUCGGCAAGCCUGCCACCGGUGACCUCGCCCGUCCCUUCAAGGCUGGUGGUGGCUUCAUGUCCGGCGGUCAGCCCAAGAGCGACAAGGCCUCCAUUGAGAGUGCUGAGAAGAACUGGCGGGGUGGUGUCAAGGAGGAGUAA